UUUUCGACAAGCUGUCAUCCUUUUCAUGGGAUGCCAAGGCUGUGCUGACACUGUCAGCUUUGUCGGUUUACUAUGCCGAGAAUUGGCAUCGUGCUGAAACUGAAAAAUCGGACUACAAGUUAGUCUUGGCGGCCGUGUUGAGAGGGUCACGUGCUGGUAAGUCGGCUUUUGCAGCGCUUAAAGGAUCUGAUCAGGGUGAUUUUAGAGUUCACCAAGUGCACUGUUGAGCUUGCGAACUACUCUAAAAGUUUCGGAGAAUCGACAUCGAUUGACAUAAGAGCCGGAAUUUAUCAAAUCAUUGUCGGCGUACUUGGCUGCUCAGUUCCGUUCUGUGGCAUGAUUAGCACGAGCAAUGAGUUCCCAGAGCUAAAUUAAUCGCCCUUCUCGGACCGCAUCGUGGAGAUAUAUGAAUCAUUCAAGAAACAAGUGGAAAAUUUCAAGCAAGAGAACGCGGAGCAACGUCGAUAUAAGGAGAUCAAGGGACUUUACAGAUCUAUUAAUGAUACUUUAGGGUUUAUGGCCGCUCUGAUCUGCACCGAGAAGGAUUCGCCAACAGUUUAUCAAUGUUCCAAGAAGACCACGGUAAAGGUGGAGGUGUUCCAGAAGAAGAACGUGAUGCUGCUUAUUUCGGGCUUGGACUUGUCGAACGAUGAUUUCAAACCCCUUAGCAGCACCUACAAUGAGAGCACCUUCAAAUCUAAUUACGAAAUUAUGUGGGUUCCCAUUGCGGCUGUAGAAGACGCUGUGAUAAAGGAGCAGUUCCAAAACAAGAGAUCUCAGAUGCCCUGGUACUCGUGCAACUCCAUCGUCAACAAGGCAUCAACAAAGUUCUUCAGGAAGUGUUGGCAAUUUAAGCAGCAGACAAAGGUUGUCGUGUUGAACCAAGAGGGGAAGGUGGUGAACAUGGACGCAAUGACGAUGAUACGCCUUUGGGGAUCAGAAGCCCUGCCGUUCACGCAGGAGAGGGGCUGCAAGCUCUGGGACGGGCACAGGAACAAUUGGCUCAAGCUCGUGGUUGUCGCAACCGACCUCCCUGGAUUUUUUUAA